UUGCUCCACAGCUGUUCAUGUCAGAUAAUUUAACGUUUGGUUUAGAUGGUGGGCAGCAAGAAGAAGGACAAACUUUACGUUUUUAACGACAACUGAACAGGACAGAAAGCUGCCAUGGACUCAAAUUGGUCCCCAAUUUCAGGGGCCUCAAGAGGCUCUCCAAUGCAGGGGGCCACAAGAGGGUCCCCAAUAAUAGGGUCUCCAUUGGCAGGAGCUGCAAGGGGGUCCCCUAUAAUAGGGGCCGUGAGCGGGUCCCCGAUGACAGGUGCCUCAUGUUGGACGCCUAUGUCAGGACCUGCAUGUGGGCCCCCGAUAUCAGGGGCCUCGUGUUGGUCCCCAAUGUCAGGGGCUACAAGUGCGCCCUCAAUGCCAGAGUCCGUAGGUGUUGCCCAAACCCCAGGGGCUUCUCAUUUUGCCACCAAAGUGGAGCUGACGAUCUCAUGUGAGAACCUGAUGGACAUGGACAUCUUCUCCAAGUCGGACCCUCUGUGUGCCGUCUACAUCAACACCUCGGGCUCCCGCUGGUACGAGUUUGGACGCACAGAGAUGAUCCUGAACAACCUGAAUCCAAAGUUUGCCAAGAAGUUUGUCAUGGAAUAUUACUUCGAGAUGGUGCAGAGGCUAAAGUUUUGCGUUUAUGAUAUUGACAAUAAAACUUAUGAUCUCAGUGAUGACGACUUUCUUGGGGAGCUUGAAUGCACCCUGGGUCAGAUUGUUUCCAACAGGCAGAUGACUCGACCUUUGUUGCUGGAGGACAAGAGGCUUGCAGGUCAUGGGACCAUCACGGUUCAGUUUUCCUGUUUGGAUGAGUAGAGUAAAGACCUGCUGCCUCUCAGUGGGAUGUCUUCUUUCCAACCAGUCCCAGAUCCGUGCUGAAGAAAUAACCGACACCAGAGUUGCAAACUUUGAGGUUUCAGCACGCUGCCUUGACAAAAAGUAUCUGUGGUGGUCCGACCCUUUCCUGGAGUUCUUCAAGCAGACAGAAACUGGCUGGCGGCUGGCUCACAGGACAGAGGUGGUCAAAAACAACCUUAACCCCAUAUGGAGACCUUUCCGCAUCUCCCUGCGAGCUCUCUGUGGAGGAGAUGUGGAGAAACCUGUGAAGGUUGAUUGUUACGACUAUCGUGUAAACGGCUCCCAUGCCCUCAUCGGGACUUUCACAACCACGCUCGCAGAGAUGCAAACAGGAAGUCACGUUUGCCCAACAGAGCUUCAGUGCAUUAAUCAGAAAAAGUUGAAGAAGAGGAACUACAAAAACUCCGGGGUCGUCUGCUUUAAGCGAUGCGAGGUGGUGAAGGAGUUCACCUUCCUCGAUUACAUCAUGGGAGGAUGUCAAAUCAACUUCACUAUCGCCAUCGACUUCACGGGCUCUAACGGAGACCCCCGAAGCCCUCAGUCUCUCCACUAUAUCAACCCUGAAGGAUAUAACGAGUACCUGACGGCCAUCUGGGCGGUGGGUAACAUCAUCCAGGACUACGACAGUAACAAAAUGUUUCCCGUUUUUGGGUUUGGAGCCCAGAUCCCAAACUCCUGGCAGGUUUCUCAUGAGUUUCCCAUCAAUUUCAACCCGGCCAAUCCGUUCUGUGCAGGUAUAGAGGGUGUGGUGGACGCCUACCAGAAGUGUUUACCUCAGCUGAAGCUCUGGGGUCCCACAAACUUCUCUCCCAUCAUCAACCAUGUGGUGCACUUCGCCCGACAAGCUCUCCGGCAGAACGUGGCCUCACAAUACUUUGUGCUGCUCAUCAUCACAGACGGCGUGAUCACAGACAUGGACCAGACUCGCACCGCUAUUGUCGAGGCGUCCCGACUGCCCAUGUCCAUCAUCAUCGUCGGGGUGGGCGAGGCCGACUUCGACGCCAUGGAGUUCCUCGACAGUGACGACAAGCUGCUCCGUGCUCCAAACGGUGACGUCGCCUCAAGAGACAUCGUCCAGUUUGUGCCCUUCAGGAGCUUCCAGGGAAACAGCGUGGCUCUGGCGCAGAGCGUCCUGGCCGAGCUUCCUGAUCAAGUCUCCUCCUUCUUCAACUCUUUCAAUCUGAAACCCCCGAAUGUUUAUAAUCUUUCUAACCCCUCCUAAAAGAAAAACGUGUAUGUUUCAGUCUGAGUAUCAUGUAUGGCAGGCAGAGAAACAAUCAGUGUGAGACCUAAAAUACUAAUUUCAGAAAUAGUAGAAGUUUAUUGCGAUGCCCAGGAGGUGACAAGGAUGAAAGUGUGUAUGUUUUCUAUUUCGUGCACUUGUUUUAUUAUUUACUCGGGCCUCUUAGUAAUUUACACCUUCACAUUCACACACUGAUGGUAGAGGUAGUUGUACACAUUCAUACACCACUGACAAAGCAGCGGGAGCAACUUGGGGUUAAGUGUCUUGCCCAAGGAAGCAUCGGACAUGUUGCUGCAGGAGCUGGGGAUCGAACCCCCGACCGUCCGGCUGAGAGUCAACCGACUCUACCACUGAGGCACAGCCGCCCCUCCCCAUCUCUCCCCAUCUCUCCCCAUCUGCUCUCACACUUCUUGUGUGAGCAUCGCGGUGCGACUGUUCCAUUUUUGUUUGACCUAGUAUUUAAUUAUUUAUUUAAAUAAAUCUAAUCUUAAUUUUGCAUACAUCUCGUCUCGCCUCGCCAAUUUGUGUUGCAGCCUAAGAGUCGGACUUAUAAAGACCACAUUCCCACGGCGACUAAAAUCUAAAAUGUAUUUAUUUACUUAAAGAUGUACAAGCGAGUUGCUCAAACGUGUGCGUAAUCUAUGAAACGAGUGUGAGAAACAGAAAGCGCACGUACCUUUAAAAAAUAACAACAUGGGGCAUCUUAGCUUAGUGGUUAGUGUGCAAGCCCCGUGUGUGGAGGCUGUAGUCCUCCAAGCAGGCCGCAUGGGUUCGAAUCCGACCUGUGGCUCCAUUCCUGAAUGGCGCUCCCCACUCUCUCUCUCUCUGAUCUCUGACUCUAUCCACUGUCCUGUCUCUGCAAUGAAGGCACAAGAAGCCCCAAAAUAAAUCUUAAAAAAAUAACAACAACAACAUGUCAUCACCUCUUGGUCUCCGGGGAAGAAAAACCACCUUCAACUCUGUUACGGCUUUUACGUGACAACCCAGAGCUGAGAUGAGCUCUCAUUGAGAUGUUUUAUAUUUUCAAGGGUCCCGCUUUGAGUUGCUUGCUACCCGCCAAAGGUUUGGCUGUGGUGUUGUUGAGUGUCUGUGGCUAUAGCAUCCCUCCUGGUAACGUCAGUAAACACUGACAGAAAAAAAUAUAUGAUUGAAAGUAUAAAUGUUUGUGAGAUGUAUCUUGAUUGAAGAGCAUGAUGUUGAAUGUUGGAUUAAAAAUCACUCAAUAAAUAAAGAUAUACUUAUUAAUCAGAUGACUAACCACAAAAUAAACCUGUAAUUCUUCUAAUGUGUGUGUAAAAGAAACAUUAUAUGAUGACGUGUAAAGUGCAUGAUGACACCAUGAAUGUUUUAUUAAAAUCAUUACUUCUUGUAUUAUUUGUUGUAUAAUUGCUUUUUGUGUAUUUUCUUUGUGUGCACGAUCUCUGAGCGGUUGUGGCCCGUAGUUCUUGUCUUAAUAUUUAUUUGAAGUGAGCUUUUAAUGUCUGUGCUAUAUGUGUCAGUUUGUCCAGAGCGCUGAGCAUUUUGCUCUUCAAGCUUGAGCUUUGCCUUGAUUCUUUUAAACUCUCGACUGGCUCACAGGGAAUAUUUGUAAGCAUGAAUAAAAUGUUUAAUUUGAUUUACAACUGACAAGUAAUGUACAAUCACCUGCUGCUAUACGCUGGGGGAAAAAGGGAUUAUUUGUGUAAAAUAUCCGUUGAUCUAUCCGAGCUCUGUUUUUCUACAUUUACAAAUUAAUAUAUAUUACAAAUUUAUGAUAUGUGCUAAUAUAUGCAUCUGUCAAUAAAACCAUUGAAUCAAUGUG